AUGGCUUCCAUGGGGAUGCAGAUGGCGGGUUGCACCAUGGCCCUUUUGGGCUGGAUCGGGGUUAUCAUUAGCUGCGGCACACCCAUGUGGCGGGUCACAGCGUUCAUUGGCAACAACAUAGUGACAUCCCAGGUCAUUUGGGAGGGCAUCUGGAUGAGCUGCGUGGUGCAGAGUACGGGCCAGAUGCAGUGUAAGGUGUACGACUCCAUGCUGGCUCUGGGCACUGACCUGCAGGGGGCCCGGGCUCUGAUGGUGGUUUCGAUCGUCACAGGCAUCGCAGGGAUCCUCAUAGCUUUCGCUGGUGGAAAGUGCACCAACUUCAUUCCAGAGGACAGAGCCAAAGCGAGGGCUUCAGUGGCAGCAGGCGUCUUGCUGAUCAUCAGUGGAAUCCUCUGCCUUGUCCCUGUUUCAUGGACAGCCAGCAUUAUAAUAAGGAACUUCUACAACCCGGUGCUGAUAGACGCCCAGAAAAGAGAGCUUGGGACCUCUCUUUACAUCGGCUGGGGGGCCGGGGCACUGCUGGUCUUGGGAGGAGCACUUCUGUGUUCCAGCUGUCCCCCAAAGGACGAUGAGACUCCCUCUGUGAAGUACCUCCUAAACAAGCCUGGAGGAAAUAGCAAACUGGAUUCAAUCCAAUCGUAUUCACCGAACAAGACGUAUAUUUGA